AUGUUCCCGCAUACACAUCAUUCGAUUGCCAGGCUCUUCAAUGAGGCUGGUCUCCCCGCUGGAGUACUCAAUGUGAUCCAGAGUCAACGCGAGGAUGCUGCAGUUGCCACCGAGACACUGAUAGCGCAUCCCCAUAUUCGAAAGACAGAGUUCAUCGGGUCUGCCAACGUAGGAGCCCGCAUAGGGGCUCUAGCUGGGAAGUACCUGAAGCCCGUCCUGAUGGAGCUCGGCGGAAAGGGAGCGGCCUUGGUCCUUGACGAUGCGGACCUGGAGCUUGCAGCGAAUGCUGCCGUUCGUUGUGGCUUCAUCCACCACGUACAGAUUUGCUUCUCCACCGAUCGUGUCAUUGUGGACGCCAAGGUGUACGACCAGUUCAUGCCGCUGCUCAAGAAGGCGGCCGAGAGCUUUCCACCGGCGAGCGCCGUCACCCCAGCCGGUCCCGCCAGGACACUUGGAUUGCUCCAAGAAGCAGUCGCUAAAGGUGCCAGGGUUCUUUGUGGCGAGGUCAAACUUCUUGCGCCUGAUACGUUGCAGCCGGUUGUCAUCACUGGUGUUACACCCGAGAUGGAGAUAUACGAUGAAGAGGGGUUCGGGCCCACACUCCAAGUAUAUGUGGUCAAUACAGACGACGAAGCUAUAGAGUUGGUCAACAGCUCGAAAUAUGGAAUGACCUCGGCAGUCUACAGCAAAGACGUCUGCCGCGCUCUAAGAGUUGCGCGCGAGUUGGAUGUCGAGUUGAUAAGCAUCAACCACCCAAUGGCCACCGUCGGAAAUGAUGCGAAUCACCCGGGCUCACUUACGAAAGCAAGCGGCGGGGGAAGAAUAGGAUUUCUCCACAUACAAGCAGUGGCCAUCGUUGACCCGACAGAGUCCAUGGCUGGGCAAGCUGCUGCGAAUUAG